CGCGCGGUGUAGACUGCUCUCGAAGCGUCUCUACUCUCUACUCAACCGGUGGGAAGCGGAAGCGGAAGCAAGCCAGGAAAUCGAAAUAUCCGCCGAGCAAAUUCGCCGAAUUCUCCCUCCAGACGAUUUCAUCGUGCGUCCCGAGCUCGACCCUCGAUUCCUUCUGUUCAGAUGGAGGCGGCGCCGGAGAAGCAAUCGCCGUCGCUCGACGAUUGCCUCAAGCUGUUGAGAGGCGAGAGAGACGAGCAGCGCCUGGCCGGCCUGCUCUUGGUGACCAAGUUCUGCAAAGGGGACGACCUCGCUUCGCUGCGCAGGGUUUACGACGCCGUCGGGGCGCGGUUCCUCGACCGCCUCCUCAGAACCGGAAUGGGAGAAGGAUCUACUAAUGGCAGUGGCAAUCGCAAUGCAUACUUGCAACUUUCAGCAAUAGUUUUUGCUGCGUUCUCCCUCGGUUCCUGUAUCGUCUUUCUAAAGCUUUUCUUUCUUGAUUCUGAUUAUGCUUCUGGAUCGGUCCUUGAAUCCUGAUUUGUUGAACCAACACUAGCAGGAUGGAGAUCGCGGCAGGAAGCCAAGCAAUCAGCAGGAUGAGGGACUUGGAAUCGUUGCCGCAGAUGGCCAGGCACAUCUGGUUCAUGACUCGCCGCGCCCCUCAGGGAAGUUCUUGACGCAGGUGACGAGGGUGCCGGUGCUGGCGAAGUUCCAGGAGUUGGCGCCGACGCAGAUGUAGAGGCACGUUUGCCAGACGGCAGGGUGGGGGAUCUUGCCGGGGACGGCGAGCCAGAUGAGGAAGUAGCCGGCAAAGUUCACGGCGGAGCCAGUGAGGAGGACGAACCGGGUUGGGGUGACCUUGGCGAUGAGGCCGGAGAGGACGCCGACCUUGGCGCCGAGGUCCUUGAAGAAGCCGGGGAGGUUAAGGCCCUGAGGCUAGUCUGGUCGUAGCCGAGGGUGGACUCGAUCUGCUUGGAGUUGAUGCCAAAGAGGUGGCACCGGCGCUGGCGCCGAACAUGACGAGGAAGGAGGCGAGCACCGUGAACCACUGCCCGCGGAGCAGGGGGACCGUGGACCGGAGCGCCUCGGAGCCGGCUGGUCCCGGCGGGUCGCCUGUUGGUGCAGAGUUGGUUUCAAAGUGAAGUGAGAGAGAGUGUUAUGAAAUUAUUUGGAAAUGCUGAGUUUGCUUUGCUCCCAAUAUAAAAUGGAUGUGAUGUUUGAUCGAAAGCUCUUCGAUCUGAUCUGAUUACCCGAAAAUGGUCCAGAUGUCAGCCCGAGGUAGUUUAUGGACAUAUAUUUUAUCGGU